AUGUCGAUUGACGAAGAGAAUGAAAGCGAUGAUCUUCAAACAAGGUUAUUAAAUAUCGAUGAAAACGACUUCUACGAACUGCUUGAUGUUUGUCCGAACGCUACACAAACGGAAAUUCGAAACGCAUAUAAGAAACGCGCACUUGAGUGGCAUCCUGAUCGUAAUGUCAAUAGUUCUGUGAAUACUACGAAGCUUUUUCAGGCACUUCGACGGGCUUAUGAAACAUUAUCAAGUGAAACGGGAAAAAAAGAAUAUGAUGAUACUACUGAUGCAAGUCGUGAUAAUGAUGAUGAAGACGAUGUAACACUUUUUGGUGCAUCAGACACAUCAACAUUACAUAUGGGUCGAAAAAUAUCGGACACUUUUCGAGAACAAAUUGAUGAAUAUAUUGCUACAUACCAGAACGUAAUAAUCGUUGAUAAUUAUUCUGAUAAAAUCAAUGAAAUUUUGCAAAAAUUUCAAAAUACUAUGAAAUCAAAUAUAGAGGUGGAUCGAUAUAUAUAUUGCAAUACGUGUCACCAAACCAGUCUGGAUAAAUAUCGUCAUCAUAAACAAAAUGUUCAAUCCUAUGCAACAUUUUUCGCCAAUACUAAAUCAAUCCUGCUUGAAGAAGUAAUUGAUCCAUCGAUUUGGCAUUGGCAAUCGAUCAAAACUACGACAAUGUAUUUAUCGCUAUGGAAUGAUUAUCAGCAGUGGAAUUCAGUGAAACAGAUGAUUGAGAAAAUAGAACAGCCUGUUGAAAUUAUUCGUCAAUCAUUAAAGAAUCAGUACUGGUCACGUUACAUUGAGAAAUAUCAAAAUGAAAAACAAAUCCUUUCGGCAUUACCAGAAAAGUUAUCGUACAUCAGUCCAGUGAAUGUUCUACCCGAUAGCAACGAUACAGAACAGUUGAAAUCCAUAUUUGAUGAAUACAAUCGUGAUGAAGAACCUGAUGUCUUCACAAAGUUCAAACUUACAAGCAAUGAUCAACGUACAACCACUGAGAAUAAGUAUUGUCUUGUUGCUCCUUCAACCAAACAUAAAUAUAUCGAUGUAAACGAUUUCUAUUUUCCCAUACAAGAUCCUCCAUCAAGGAGAAAUGAUGUUUCUCAUUGUCGAGAAUGUGAAAUACAGUUUACAUUUUUUCUUCGUCGACAUACAUGUCGGAUGUGCAGUGAACAAUAUUGUGCAAAAUGCUUAUCAUUUCAAAGAAUUCCACAGUUCGGCUAUAUUGCUAAACCUGUUCGCAUUUGUGUUCAAUGUUCAAUAAGAAAAGAAUUAUUAAUCUAUGAGACUCUACUGACCCAUACGAAACGAUUGAUUGAAACGAAUAAAAUCGAAUAUUUAUCGAACUAUUUAGCACUCGUCUAUCGGUAUCAAACCGCUGGUAAUGAGGCAUUUUAUAGGCAGACAGGAGACCAGUAUUAUUCUCUUAAAAGAUAUUCAUUGGCUGUUCAAUGUUUCAUUUAUGCUGGGAUCAGUGAUGACGAAUGGUUUCAAUACGCUCAAGAAUUAUGUGCAAUGACUGAAUACACUUACGCAUUUACUUGUCUUAAUCAAUGUCAACACAGUGAACAAUUCUGGCUGAAUCAAGCUAGCCAAACUAAUGAUGUAGCAUUGAUCGUUCUUUGCUAUGCCAGAAUAAAACUGACUAUUGAGCAAUUUUUCGAAAUAGUCACCAAAACUGAUCCAACUUACAUUGAUAAAUGUAUCUUCUUUUUAUUAUAUAUGGAUUAUGUAUAUAAGGAUCAUAGUUUAGAUUGGAAAAAUCUAGGUAGCAAUUUUCUUCUGGAUAGAACAAGCAGUCCAAAGUCUGGCGAUCUUCUUAUGUUUGUUUUUGUUCUACAUGGUCAAAUAACACUUGAUGAUUGGAUUCGAAUAGCUGAACAACUCAGUACAACAGAACAAUUCGAUAAGUUGGCUUAUUUAUUAUCAUAUCUAUAUGAUCAACGCAUAGUUUUAUCGGCAUCGGCUGAUCCAUAUAUUUUCAAUUUUACAAAAAUUUUACGAACACUAUCGACUAGUCCACUUAUGCUCGAUGAUUGGUUAAAUGAAGUUUGUUUAUAUAAAGAGAUCCGUGCGAUCACAACUGCAUUAUCGUUUAUUCAUGUAUAUCAAUACACAUUAUGGGGAACUUAUAAACAAAAAUAUAUCAACGACAAACAAUAUUAUAAAGUUAUGAUGUGUCAUAAAAUGGUUGAACAAUUAUCAUCGAGUAUGAAUAGAAAUGAUAUAUCAUGGUUCAUGAAUGGUAUUGAAGAUGAAAAUUCAAUGGUAUUUGAAUUAUGCAAUGGUGUUCAACGUCCCGACUGGAUAGAGUUGGGCAAUCGAUAUUUCAAUGAGGAAAGAUACACAAUUGCAUUGAAUUGUUAUUUGACUUGUGAAAAGGAACAAAUCGAUCAGAUUAUUCUGGAACAAGCUCAAAAGUCUUCUCCAGAAUUAUUAUUAUAUUAUGUCGUUGUUUAUAAACGUUUAAGUGCCAAAAAUUCUAAGAUGCUAUCCAAAGAUAAGACUUCGGUAUGCAACGAUACAUUUUACAACAUCUGCAAGUUUCUAUCAACACAAGGUAAUGAACAUGUAAAAGAACUGAUUGUUUCAGCUAUGAAGUCUUACGAUCCUGCCGCAACACAUAACAUGGCUGAAAAUCCGUAUUUAUUCAAAUUCCAUUUAUUAUUAUUAAAUGAAAUCCAAAAGAUGAACGCCGAUCGUCAGUACGAUGAUCUAAUUAAUGGUGGUGUUCAUACACUAAUGUCACUUGAAAACAAAGCUGCUGAAUCUACAAAAACACUGAUUGCAAUGCAGAAACCUUUAUUGGAAAAAAUUAAUUCGGAAGUCUACAAUGAAUUGAAAGCAGCAACAUAUAAAUCUUGUCAAGAGAUGAUUGAUAUUCUUCUUGAUUCGAACAAUUAUUUUCCAGAACAAUUAGAAAAUGUCUAUCACCAAUGUCUUGGACGACUUAAACUUGACGAACUUCAACCAUUAGAAUAUCGUGCAAAGAUGUAUUUAAUUCGAGCAAUGAUUUAUAAAUUAGCAAACAAGCCGAUUGAAUCAUCACAAAUGAUUCAUCAGGCAUUACUUACGCAUCCUUAUGAGGAUUUAAUCCAUAGUAUCAUUACAUUUGUUAACCAUUCACAUUUUCAUUCGACAUUACAAGCUGCAUUGAUUGAUGGUCUUGCACAAAAUUCAUUCAGUUUAGCAGAUAUCAAUCCGCCGACUCUAUCUAUGAAUUUAACGUUUCUACGAUCUACAGAUCGAUUACGAACUGUCAGAAGAUAUGAACGAGCAAUUCUAAAACGUCUUGCAGACAAAGAUCCAUUACAAGCAGCGAUGUCUUACAUUGACUUAAAUAUGGCAACAGACGGUGAUUCAACUUCGUACACGUCGAAUUUAAUCUUAGCUUGUCUUUAUCUGUAUAAAGCCAUGACACUUCCAAACAAAUCCAUGGCAGAAAUUUAUGCAUAUCGUUCAGUACUGUGUGAUAUAUUAGUACAAUUAUUUGUCUUAGCUCGAAGUUAUUUGCCCUUAUAUGCACAAAUGCAUCUAUAUACAAUUUCAUUAACUUUGCUUUUACGUUCGAAUGAAUUAUUCAAAAGCCAUUUCACUAAAUCUACUCUCGUACUUCCAAAACCUCAAAGUACUGAUGAGUUAAUCAUUGGUAAUUGUUAUGAAACAUUGAUUGAAGAAAUUAUGAAGAAUAUCGUUCAAAUUUCCAAAGUAACACCGUUUACUCAUGUACCGAUCAGCACUACAUAUGAUAUGAUUUAUUUAAAUUAUGCUGGAGAUGAGUUCUUAUCGACUUACUUAAAACAAAUGACGAGUAAAAAUUCGAUGUAUCAAUAUUAUUUCUUUGAGGGUAUUUGGAAAGGUUGGAUACGUGAUGAAGAAUUUGAAGAAGAACGCAUCCAAUGUAUGUAUGCUUUAUUAGAUGAACGCCAUUUUAAUAUGAAUGAUGUGGAAAAUCUACUCAAUUGGUUACUUUUACCACGAACAGUUGAUGGAUGGUUAUGGAGUGGAAAACAUCGAUUACAAUUGAGUGAAUCAUCGUAUUCUCGCGUUGCUGGAAUUAUACUCAAUAGCGAUACAGGUGAUAUCGAUUUCUUAUUCAAAGAAGCAACGAAUACAGAACAUCAUCUCUUCGAUAUGAAUGAUGUUGUUGAUAUUCUCACUAAUGGUAUUGUGCACGCCGCUUUCACCUUGGAUCCGCCUAGCUUAGAUUAUCAUUCGCAUCCUUUCAAUGAAAUGAAAUAUAUUCCUAGACGUUUAUCAUCUUCAUCGAAUUAUUUGUCCACUCUAUUACACGCUGAUUAUUUAUUAAAAAUGUUUUCAACAGCGACGGAAAUUUGUGGUCAAAGUCCAUUUGAAAUGCGCUCUGCAGAUGUAGCUCUAAUGUCUCGUUUACCAGCACAUAUUCGCGAUAAGUUUAAAGCGAUUCUUGAGCAGAAAAAUCAAGGUCUUCACGGUGAUGUAAUUCAUCGGUAUUGGAUUCAAGCUGGUAUAGUUUCUAUUAAAGAAACCUUUCAUCGUGGUUUCUUUGGUUUAGGACGCACUAAUGAAAAUAUUCUCAAAAUUUACAUUGCCGAUGAUUUGAAAAUGUCUGUGAGAAAGCAUCGAAUGAGAUACGAUGAAAGAGGAAAUUUAAUUGAUGAUAAAGAUGACCUGGAAAAUGAUCAAUCACCUGAAGCGGAGUUUGCACGAACUUUUACAAAAUAUUAUGAUGACAUUGGAGAAUAUUUUCCCGAAUUAUUACGUUUAAAAGAACUGCUCAAAUUGGGCGCUUUAUCAUUAUUUCUACAAGAGCGAUAUGCACAAAUGAACGCUUUUAUUUCUGCUGUAGAAAAUGAUACCAAAUUGAACGAAGCUCUUACUGGAAUUAGGCACGAACUGGGUCAAUAUCCGACUUACAAUCAAAAAAUAGAUGAUGAAAUUGUUGCAACGUUGUCAAAUAGAUUGUGUAAAGAAUUUUUUUGCAGAAAAAAUGAUUUAAAAUCGUAUAUUAUUCAUUAUUUAACAUAUGGAAAUCAACGUGAAUUAAUCAAAUUUCUCAAACAAUCAUUAAUACAACAUAAAACGAAAUUAAAAACAACAAUGGAUAAAUUAAAAAUUUACAUUCAAUCAGAUCAUCUGGAGGAUCAUGAUAAUGACAAAGAAGGAUUUUCAAAUGAUCCAUCACAAUGUGCAUGGGUACCUGCCGUAUUUUCUAAUAGGGAAAUGAGUCGUAUUCGAGUUUAUGGAGGAGUGAAUAAUAUUCUAGAUAUUCGCAAAGUGGAAAAUAUUGAUCCAAUGAAAUCAAUCAAAACUGUUAACGCACAGAAAUCAUUCGAGAAAAGUAUACAAAAACGAUCACAAUCCAAUAAUAAUAAUCAACAACGAAUGGGUAAUUAUGUUUACUAUUUAAAACGUGAACUUGUUUCUACGGGACCAGGAGGACCUCGUACUGCUGAUGGAGGUAAAGAUGGUGGGCGUAAUGGCAAAGGAAAAGAUAUGUCAUCCAUAAAACAAGCAAGUACAAAUCAAUUUCAAAAGGCUAUUGAAGCUGGUAAAUUACCAAAGAUUUUCGAUCGUGUUGACAAGGGCAAUCCGAAUCAUGGUGAGAAAGAUCACGUACAUUUCAAAAAUAAAGGUGCCUUAAAUAAAGAUGGUACAUGGAAGCAUAAACCAAAGGUUGAAGAUAUUUCAAAAAUAUUCACAGCCGAAGUCAAGAAACUGUUGCUAAAGCACGGAUGGACGUUACCAGAAGGAGUGGAUCCUCCUUAA